UUUCAGAGAGUUCAAUGGCCGCAGAAAUUUGUCGCGCGUCUCCUCUCUUAUCCGUUAAAACUCAACUUUUCCACGCGCCACCAUCACCAACCACCACCACCACCACCACUACCAGCAGAUUCCACACAUCAUCUCAUUCCAAAACUUCCUUCUUCUCUCAUCGCGUUCUCAAUCUAAAUGCCUCUUUCUCCGCUGUCCGUCGCCUCAACUCCGCCGUCACCUGCCAGGCUAACACUCUCUUCGAGAUCGACUCCGUCGCAAAAGCUGGCCAAGACCGUCUGGAAAAGGUGCCGGUGUCGAAUAUAAGGAACUUCAGCAUAAUUGCGCAUAUUGAUCACGGGAAAUCCACGUUAGCAGAUAAAUUGCUUCAGGUUACUGGCACCGUUCACCAGCGAGAGAUGAAGGACCAGUUUCUCGAUAACAUGGACCUCGAGAGAGAAAGAGGCAUCACUAUUAAGCUCCAGGCAGCUCGAAUGCGGUAUGUGUUUGAGAAUAAACCAUAUUGCUUGAAUUUGAUUGAUACUCCCGGGCAUGUUGACUUCUCGUAUGAGGUUUCUCGGUCACUUGCUGCAUGUGAGGGUGCUCUUCUUGUAGUAGAUGCUUCUCAGGGAGUAGAAGCACAAACGCUAGCUAAUGUUUAUUUGGCCUUGGAAAACAAUCUAGAAAUUAUCCCAGUUUUGAACAAGAUAGAUCUUCCGGGUGCUGAACCAGAUCGAGUUAUUAAGGAGAUUGAAGAGGUUGUGGGUCUGGAUUGUAGCAAUGCUAUUCUGUGCUCCGCAAAGGAAGGAAUAGGUAUAAUUGAUAUUCUCAAUGCAAUUGUUGCGAGAAUUCCACCACCUGCUGAUACAUCACAAAGGCCAUUAAGGGCUUUAAUAUUUGAUAGUUACUAUGAUCCAUAUAGAGGUGUUAUUGUAUACUUCCGGGUUGUGGACGGGACUAUAAAGAAAGGUGAUAGAGUCUAUUUUAUGGCUAGUGGGAAGGAUUAUUUUGCUGAUGAAAUUGGAGUUUUGUCUCCGAAUCAACAAGAGGUUAAAGAAUUAUAUGCUGGAGAGGUGGGCUACCUGUCGGCGUCAAUAAGAACAGUAGCUGAUGCCAGAGUGGGUGACACAGUGACUCACUAUGGUCGAAAGGCAGAUCAAUCACUCCCUGGAUAUGAGGAAGCGACUCCUAUGGUGUUUUGUGGCCUGUUUCCUGUUGACGCUGACCAAUUUCCUGAUCUACGUGAUGCCCUUGAGAAGCUACAACUUAAUGAUGCUGCACUGAAGUUUGAACCGGAGACUUCAAGUGCCAUGGGAUUUGGGUUUAGAUGUGGGUUUCUGGGUCUUCUCCACAUGGAAAUUGUCCAGGAAAGACUUGAGAGAGAAUACAAUCUGAGCUUGAUAACUACCGCUCCAAGUGUUGUUUACAGAGUGAACUGUGUAGAUGGAGAUACUGUUGAAUGCUCGAAUCCAUGUUUACUUCCUGAACCUGGAAAAAGGAGAUCAAUUGAGGAGCCAUAUGUUAAGAUUGAGAUGCUUUCGCCAAAGGAUUAUAUCGGGUCACUUAUGGAACUGGGACAAGACAGAAGAGGAUUGUUUAAAGAAAUGAAGUUUAUCACUGAAAAUAGAGCAUCAAUCACCUACGAAAUACCACUAGCGGAGAUGGUUGGUGAUUUCUUUGACCAGUUAAAGUCGAGAAGUAAGGGUUAUGCUAGUAUGGAGUAUACCUUUAUCGGGUACAGAGAAAGUGAUUUAAUUAAACUUGACAUAUUGAUAAAUGGUGACAGUGUGGAGCCAUUGGCUACGAUUGUCCACAGAGAUAAGGCUUAUUCUGUGGGAAGGGCUUUGACUCAAAAGCUGAAGGAGCUCAUACCACGUCAAAUGUUUAAAGUACCAAUCCAAGCAUGCAUAGGAUCAAAAGUGAUUGCUAGUGAAGCUUUAUCUGCAAUAAGGAAGGAUGUCUUAGCCAAAUGUUAUGGUGGCGACAUUUCGAGGAAAAAGAAGUUACUUAAGAAACAGGCUGAAGGAAAGAAAAGGAUGAAGUCCAUUGGUAAAGUUGAUGUGCCUCAAGAAGCUUUCAUGGCGGUCUUGAAAUUGGAAAAGGAGGUGAUAUGAUCACGUAUACAUGUAACGUAAGUUGCAGCAUUAUCUGAAAUUUGUAAAUAUAAAGUGGAAAUUCAAAACCUCGAUGUAUUACUGCUUUGGUAUAACGGUCCAAGUAUUGUCCUUCAAUGAUUUUAAGCUGCAUACAGUGCAAGAUUUUGUGAUUUUGACUCGGUUCCCUUAAGGGAGGAAAAAAAGAAAAAAGUUGAAGCAUAGCACAAUUA